AUGGUCCUCCUGCGGCUCUCCAGGCUCGUCCUCGUGGUCGUGGCCCUCGUCCCUCGUCCAUCCGCGGGAUGCCCCUCCGGCUGCCGCUGCUACAGCCUCACAGUGGAGUGCGGCUCUCUGGGGAUCAAAGACAUCCCGCAGGGCGUCCCCUCUGUCACAGAGACCAUCUUCCUCCAGGACAACGCUGUCGUGCAGAUUCGUCUUCAGGACCUGACUCGCCUUGGCAGCCUCCAUUACCUCUACCUUCAGAACAACAGCAUAUCAGCGCUGGAGCCCGGGGCGUUCCUCAGCCAGCGGCAGCUGCUGGAGCUGGCCCUCAACGGCAACCUCAUCCACCUGGUCACCGCGGACAUGUUUCGGGGUCUGGAGCACCUCCGGAUCCUGUACCUCGCCGGGAACCAGAUCACCCGAGUGCAGGACCACACCUUCAGGGGACUGCAGCGUCUGCAGGAACUCCACCUGCAGGAGAACAGCAUAGAGCUGCUGGCAGAGCAAGCUCUGUCGGGCUUGUCCUCCCUGGCCCUGCUGGACCUCAGCAGGAAUCACCUCCGCACCCUGGCAGCUUCGUCCCUCACACCACUCGUGAGCCUGCAGGUGCUCCGUGUCACAGAGAACCCAUGGCGCUGUGAUUGUGCCCUGGGCUGGCUGAGAACUUGGAUCAGCGAGGACGGACAGCGUUUGUUGAGCUCUGCCGAACAGCGCCGGCUGAUGUGCUCCGAACCGCCUCGCCUCUCCCACCUCAGCCUGGUGGAGGUGGCUCCCAACAGCCUGGUCUGCAUCCCCCCCGUGGUGCAACUCGAGCCUAGCCACCUGACUGUGCGACUAGGGGAGAGCCUCCGGGUGUCCUGCCAGGCGUCGGGAUACCCUCAGCCUCAGGUGACCUGGAAGAAAGCCUCCCAUGGCAAGGCCCAGUUGUCCCCUCGAGGCCUGGUUCAAGAGCUGGGACCCAACGGUGAGCUCUUCAGGCCCGGAGCUGGAGGAGUGGUGACAGCCCUGCCCAGCAGUGGCGGGCUCAAGGUUGGGGGCGCCGGAGGAAUCCAGGGGCUUGUGCGUGGGACUGAGGAGGGCGGCGAGAGGGACAGCUUUGAUCCGGACAUGGGCAGCGGCAUGCUCUUUCUCAGCAAUGUGACCGUAGCGCAUGCUGGCCGCUACGAGUGCGAAGCCUGGAACCCCGGCGGCGUGGCCAGGGUUACCUUUCACCUGGCCGUCAACAUGUCUUCUUCUUCGUACUCAUCCCAGUUCUGGCCUCGUUUGAACAUGCACUCCUUUGCUCCCUCUUCGUCCAACUCCUUCUAUCAGCCAGAGGUUCUGGAUGUAAGCCAGGAGCUGCUCUACGAACAGGACAGCAUGGACUUCUACGCUCUCGGUCCCGCCACGCAGACCGCCAUCGCGGUCGGCAUCUCCCUGCUGGCGCUCACUGCCGUCCUCCUCUUGAUUAUGAUCUACACUCGUCACCAGCAGUACCGCAAGGAAGAAGGCGGCUCCUACUGCACCAGCAAGGAAGAGAGCAUCCUUUAUGUGAACGACUACUCUGACGGACCCACCACCUUUGCGCAGCUGGAGGAGUACCGCGACGACCACGGCCACGAGAUGUACGUGCUCAACCGAACCAACCCCGUCCUGGGCUCCGCUUCGUCCAUGUGUCCCAUGAUGAGCGGGUUUGUCCAGCAGAAGGGUAUGAAGGAGGCCCUCCUGGACCACGAAAUGGUGCAGACACUGACCAGAUCAGGGGGACUGGGGAUUCGCAGAAAUCCAGCAGACGGAGGCGAGGGACCCCUAACAACAGACCCAGAAGAGCUCUUCCUCAGCCAGAGUCUCCUCUUCGGAUCGCAGGUUGCCUACGAGAUCCACUGUUAA